AUGUUUACGGCCAUUUUUAAAAUCACCAGAAUUUUUAUUGAGCAAUGUCAGAGUGUUUGUGUCUUUAAAGUACAGCGAGCAAAUUUAACAAAUUCCCAGCUGGACCAGAGUCAGCGGCAACAUCAGCAGCACCGACAGCAGGCACAGCAGCAGCAGCAGCAACGUCGUCAACGUCGCCAACAGCAUCAAUUAAGGCAAUUACAACAAUUUUACAAAAGAAUUAGCAAUCAACAACAACAACAAACCGGAGAACGACAAGAAAAACGACAACAACAACAGCAGCAUCAGGGCAAACAGCAGUCCAAGCACCCGAAAAAACAAUCACAUAUCAUCAAGUCAUCAACGAAUCGAACAAAAACUCCAAUUCACAAUGCAACGACAACCACAACAAUAACAACAGCAAAGCUGUUAAGCCAACAACAGCAACAUCAGUGCCAUCCAGAGCAACAUCAUCGUCAUCAUCAGACAUUUGCAUGUGCCACAACAACAACUACAAAUACCACUAUUCGUGGGCAUGGAGGUGCAGCAUCGGCAGCACCAUCAUUGUCAUCAAUACAAGACCAAGCUGCAUCAACUUCAUCCACAGUCACAUCCACCACAUCAGUGUCCUCAUCACCGUCCUCAACAUCGCCAUCAUCAGCAGCAGCAGCAGCAGUACCAUCGCCACCAACAACAACGGGAAAUUUAACUGUAACGCCUUGUUGCCUACACCUGCAUUUGCAUUUAAUUAUUGUGAUUAUCUUGGCCUGCUGUACAAGAAGGCUUCACUGUUUACCCGAUGGCCGAGCCACAUGUCGUUCAGUGCCCGGUUUAACCAAAGAUCAAUUGGAACUUUGUUACAAAGCCAGCGAUGUAACGACGGCUGCCUUAGAAGGUCUCGAUCUGGCCAUCAGAGAGUGUCAAACGCAGUUUCAAUGGCAUAGGUGGAAUUGUUCAUCACUUAACACAAAAAGCCGCAAUCCCCAUGCAUCGAAUCUCUUGAAGAAAGGUUAUCGUGAGAGUGCAUUUGCCUUUGCCAUCUCAGCGGCCGGAGUGGCCCACAGUGUGGCCCGAGCCUGCAGCCAGGGUCGUUUAAUGUCCUGUGGCUGUGAUCCAUCGGUGAAUCGCAAAACCCUCAAUAAAAAUCUCCGUCAAAGUCUGGACAAAGAGAAGAAACUAUUCUUACAGUAUUUGGAGACAAAUCAGAUUCUGAAUCCCGAAGAUGAAAAGAAAUACGAACGUUCGAAAAUUGCCAGUCGCUGGAAAUGGGGUGGCUGUUCGCAUAACAUGGAUUUUGGUGUGGAAUUUUCCAAAUUGUUUCUCGAUUGCCGGGAAAAGGCCGGGGAUAUACAGUCGAAAAUAAAUUUACAUAAUAAUCAUGCUGGGAGAAUUGCCGUCUCCAAUAACAUGGAAUUCCGCUGCAAAUGCCACGGCAUGUCGGGCAGCUGUCAACUGAAAACUUGCUGGAAAUCUGCUCCCGACUUCCACGUCGUUGGCAAAGUCCUCAAACAUCAAUUUCGUCGAGCCUUACUGGUCGAUCAAUCGAAUUUGGGUAAUGGCGAACCCAUUGUUGUCCUGAAACGUUCACGCAAUAAAAAGUCGAAUAAUGCCAAUGGUAAUGGUGAACGUACGGGGGAGCGACACGAACGCCCCUCAAAUGCCAAAUCAAAUACUGAGAAAAAUGCUCAACGAUCCGCCCGUAAAUUAGAGACAUCCCUGUUCUACUACCAAAGAUCACCGAAUUUUUGUGAAAAAGAUCCAUCUGCUGAUAUUUUGGGCACAGUGGGUCGCAAAUGUAAUCGCAAUAGUACUUUAAGUGAUGGCUGCACCUCAUUGUGCUGCGGCCGUGGUUAUAGCUUAGUUAAGGAACGUCGUGCCGAACGUUGUCAUUGUAAAUUUCAAUGGUGCUGCAAUGUGGAAUGCGAUGAAUGUCAUGUUGAAGAAUGGAUAAGUGUGUGUAAUUGAAGAGGAGGAAGG